AUGGGAGACGUCGAGGUGGUGAAGAACGAGGCUAUGGAGAUUAUGGGACUCUUUCAGCUACUGCCUCGCCUUGUCGUCUUCGAUCUCGAUUACACUCUGUGGCCUUUCUACUGUGAAUGUCGGUCCAAACGUGAGACUCCGAGACUGUAUCCUCAUGCUAAGGGCAUUCUGUAUGCUCUCAAGGAAAAAGGUGUUGGUGUUGCUAUUGCAUCAAGAUCACCAACUCCCGAUAUAGCCAACUCCUUUCUCGAUAAGUUGGGGAUAAAAUCGAUGUUUGUUGCUCAGGAGAUAUUUUCCAGUUGGACGCACAAGACUGACCACUUUCAGCGAAUUCAAAGGAAGACGCAAAUCCCAUACAACGAGAUGCUCUUUUUUGAUGACGAGGAUCGCAACAUAGAAACAGUAUCUAAAAUGGGUGUUACAAGCAUCUUGGUUGGCAAUGGUGUGAAUCUAGGAGCUUUUAGACAGGGACUCUCCGAAUUUUCUCAAAAUCGAUCUUCUUUGGGAAAGAGCAAGCCAGGAAGGAAAAACGAGCCGAAAAAAUCAAGUUCUUCAGAGACAGAGGAGAGUUAA